AUGGAUUCUCUUGGUGGUAACAUACUGCCUCUGGGCCUGAACAACAAACUCCUCUUCGCCGGACUGGCCACAGCACUAUGCGCUGUCAUCGGCCUCUCCAGGCUUUCCAAGCUUGCAAAGAAGACUGACGGGUCUCCCAACCUGGUCAAGUCGCUUCUGCUCUUCUGCUACUCCUGCUUCAUCAAGCCGCACCAAGGCGACACUAAAGGGAACCAGCAAGAUGCUCUCGAGAGCUUCUAUGGCUCCCAGGCCGAUGUGUACGAUGUCACCAGGAAGACGCUCCUCAAGGGUCGCGAGGACAUGCUGGCGCUCGUUGCUGCCCAGCUCGCGGACAAGGAUGCUGUGAAGAAGGGCAGGCCCCAUCGACGCGUCUGGGUCGACGUUGGUGGCGGCACCGGUUGGAACAUUGAGGCAAUGAAAGAAUUUGUCGACGUUCCCAACUUCUUCAGCGCUGUCUACCUGGUCGACUUCUCCCCAUCCCUCUGUGAGGUUGCGCGAAAGCGCUUCGCUCGUCUGGGCUGGGACAAUGUCACGGUCGUCUGCGAAGACGCAAGGAAGUUCCGGCUCGAGGAUUACGAAACGGAUCCUCAGACGCCCCGUACUCCUACUGCGCUCCAGUCUCUCGGCUAUUUCGCUGAGGCGCGUCCUCAAUAUGGUGGCGCUGAUCUCAUCACUAUGUCCUAUAGCUUGUCUAUGAUUCCCGACUUCUAUUCGGCCGUUGACUCGCUGACCGCGCUCCUGGCCCCUCACGGUAUCAUCGGAGUGAUCGAUUUUUACGUCCAGUCCAAGGCCGACUUCAAGUUUCGAAAUCACACCGGAGGCUUGGUCGGUCGUCACGUUGGCUUUCUGAGCCGCGUGUUCUGGCGCGGAUGGUUUGAACUUGACAGGGUCAACUUGGAGGCUGCUCGGAGGGACUUCCUUGAGUAUCGCUUCGGUACCAUCCUUGGAAUCAACUCCCGCAACUACACUCUGGGGCGGAUUCCCUACUACAUCUGGCUCGGCUGCCACAAGAAGCCAUUCUCGCCAUCCAGUCUUCCCCACGAGGUUGUUGAGCGCAUCGAUGCGAUCGCCACCGAGUCGCCCUACCUCGGUCCCACCGCCAGUCCUGCCACCACUCUGUCCCGCGCCGUCCAGCGAACGGCUCCGGAGAUCCGCUCCAAGGCCUUCCAGACUGCGGUGGCGAACCUCUCAUCCAAUCUGCCUCUCCCGGCAUUUUUCUACCAGAACCACCACUGGCGCAUCUACUAUGACGAUCAACUCCAGAAGCACACGCAAUUCAAGGACGAGUACAUCUACGCGUUCACCUGGGAGGAUACUCGUGUUGACGAGCGGCUUCUGAAGCUGAGCUCCAACGAUGUCGUUCUGGCCAUCACUAGCGCCGGAGACAACAUCCUCUCCUACGCCAUGCAGAGCCCUGCGAGGAUUCACGCUGUCGACCUGAACCCCACUCAGAACCACCUCCUUGAGCUCAAGGUCGCCGCAUACACCGCUCUUGACUACGAGGACUUUUGGAAGAUCUUUGGAGACGGCAAGCACCCCGACUUCCUAUUCCUUCUCAUCAACAAGCUCUCUCCCCAUCUCUCCAGCCGCGCGUUCCAGUACUGGCUCAGCAAUGUCCACAUCUUCACCAAGACGAGCGGCGGUGGUCUCUACGAUACCGGCGGCUCCAAGCACGCCAUUCGUGUCUUUGCGUGGAUUGCCCGCAUCUUUGGCUGCCGCCAGGCCGUGAACGAGAUCCUGACGGCCAAGACUCUCAACGAGCAGCGUGAAAUCUGGCGCACCAAGAUCCGCCCCGCCCUCCUGUCCCGCAUCGUCUCGGGCUUCGUCGUCAGCCAGGAGAGCUUCCUCUGGGCCGCCCUCGGCGUGCCCAAGCACCAGCUCGCCAUGAUCGAGGCCGACCACGCCAAGUCGGAGGCGGUCUGCGGGCCCAACCCGACGGCCAAGAACACGCGCUCCCACGCCAUCUGGCACUACAUGGUCAACACGCUGGACCCCGUGGUCGAGGAGACGCACGUCGCCGCCGACAACCCUUACUACUACGUCUGCCUCGCCGGCAAGUUCUCCCGCCAGUGCCACCCGGACUACCUGUCCCCCCGGGCUCACGCCAAGCUCUCGCGCCCCGGCGCGCUGGACGGCCUGCGCAUCCACACCGACGAGAUCGACGAGGUCAUCGCGCGCCUGCAGCCCGGGUCGCUCACGGCCGCCGUCGUCAUGGACAGCAUGGACUGGUUCGACCCGGGCAGCCGCAUGGCCGCGCAGCAGAUCGGCAAGCUCAACCGCGCGCUGCGCAUGGGCGGCCGCGUGCUCCUGCGCUCCAGCGCCCGCGUGCCCUGGUACAUCAAGGAGUUCGAGUCGCUCGGCUUCUCCGCCCGGCAGGCCGGCGACCGCGAGCCGGGCCGGUGCAUCGACCGGGUCAACAUGUACGCGAGCUGCUGGCUGUGCACCAAGGUGGGCAACCUGCCGCCGCCGACGCCCGCCAUGGACGGCGGCGAGGGCGUCGAUAUCGAGCGCCUGGAGAUCUGA